AUGGCCCCGAACUCCGACCCGAUGAUGUCUGGAGAGAAACAGAAUGGGACAGCCAUGAUUCGGGACGUGGUUCGAGCAACCGAUUUCAAAUUUAUCAAGGUUUUGGGCAAGGGCAGUUUCGGUAAAGUCUUCUUGGCCGAACGGAAGGACACGGACGAGGUGUAUGCGGUGAAGAUUUUGAAAAAAGAUGUUAUUCUGCAGGAUGAUGAUGUGGAAUGCACAAUGGUCGAGAAACGGGUUUUGGCAUUGCAACGCAAACCACCGUUUCUGGUUCAGCUGCAUUCAUGUUUUCAAACCAUGGGUUUUGAUGAAGCCAAGCCGCGAUCUAAAACUACUCGGUCCCCAUUCAAUGUGCUGAUCGUCUUUCAGUUUCAUUACGGUUGCGGUGUCACGAACGUCGAGGCAAUUGUUCAGCCCUAUGAACAAACCUCAGUCGGGUGA